GAUUGUGAUAUAAUGGAUGAAAAUCUUCCUCCAGGGUUCAGGUUUCAUCCAACAGAUGAAGAACUCAUUACUUGUUAUUUAAAUAACAAAAUUUCUGAUUUCAAUUUCACUGCUAGAGCUAUUGCUGAUGUUGAUCUCAAUAAGUCUGAGCCUUGGGACCUUCCUGCAAAAGCGUCAAUGGGAGAAAAAGAAUGGUAUUUCUUCAGUCUAAAAGAUCGAAAGUACCCAACAGGGCUUCGAACAAAUAGAGCUACAGAUGCAGGCUACUGGAAAACAACAGGGAAAGAUAAAGAGAUAUAUCGUGGUGGAACGGGAGUUCUUGUUGGGAUGAAGAAAACCCUAGUUUUCUAUAGAGGAAGAGCUCCUAAGGGUGAAAAAACCAAUUGGGUUAUGCAUGAAUAUAGAAUUGAAACAACAUUUGGUUACAAACCUUCUAAGGAGGAAUGGGUAGUGUGCAGGGUGUUCCAAAAGAGUUCAACUGUGAAAAAGCCACAACCAACAUCAUCUUCUCCAUUAUCCCUAGAGUCACCUUGUGACGCUAAUUACACAAUAACAAAUGAGCUUGGUGAUAUUGAGCUACCAUUUAAUUUCAACUACCUUACCACUACUCCAUCAACCGCGAUCAAUAGUAUUUCCUUGCAUAAUUACAACAACGAUAACAUAAACUUGGCUGCUGCAACAAGAGAAGCAAACACUCAUCCAUUACUACCUUGGUCUUCCAACUUGUUAAGCUCAAAUCUUUCAUCAGUAAAUUCAUUACUUUUUAGGGCAUUGCAAUUAAAGAGUUAUUCGCCAAGAGAACAAGCUACAACUACUCAUGACUACGCGUUUAUGCUCCCACAGGAGAAUAUUAUUACAACGCAAUUUGGAAAUGAUUUUGCUGUGAAUAAUAUUGGGGCACCGUCUUCAUUUACGGUGUUAGAUAAUUCUGUACAGCAGCAACAACAACAGCAACAAGAACAAUCGUACAAAUUGGAUUCCAAUAUUUGGUGAAAGAGCAUUAGUGUUAGUAGUCACAACUAACUACAGCUUUGUAAAGGGAGGGAGUUGGAACCAACCAAGACUAGUUGGAAUGAAUGCUUUUUUAGAUGUAUUUUUACUAUAUAUGCAACAAGUAAGUCCAUAGGGGAAAACAAAUCUAUGAGACAUAAAUAAGUCAAAAAAAAGGAGGUAAAUUCAGUCUUUUAUUGACUUGGGAAAAUCCCUAGUCUUUCUUGUAAUUUGUCUUUUAUUUACAAUCAUGCUUCCACACUAUGUAACAAUUUAAUUCCUCUUUUGAACGU